AUGCGCGUUCCACUCCUUCCGCGGCUUCCCUCGCCAUGUCCCAAUGCAUCCUCCCGCGUUCCGCAUUGCUUUCCCUUCCUUCGCGCAGCUUCCCUGGGUCGAAUCAACUCAACGGACAAGGAUUCCUCAGCCAGCUGGGACUCCCCUCUUUGCCAGCCGCUCAUUGCCGCAGGACUGGCAGCGGCAUUGCUGGCCUCCGCCCCCCGUGCUCUUGCGGAAGCCGCUGUUGCUGCCGCUGAUGGCGCAGCGGCUGGUUCCGCCGCAUCAGCAGCGGUGCAGGCGUGCGGGGAGCUGCUGGGCGGGGCGGACUUCAACACUGUGGUGGCCGUGACGUGCGCGCUCGAGUUCAUUGCGCUCACUGGCGCUGCUGUGGGAGGGUACAUGGCGUUGCAGCAGGGGGCGGAGAUGGAGCGCAUUAACAAGCAGUUGAGGCAGAUCAACAUGAGCCUCAAGAGGCAGGCCCGCUUGGACGCUCCCUCCCUCGCCUACUCCCCGCCUCCUCCUAGCGCUGCCUCGCCUGCAGCCAGCACCAGCAGCAUGGCAGAGGCAGCAGCAGCUCCCGCUGCUGAAGCACUUGAUGCAGCUAGGGCAACGGCUAUGGCUGAAAUGGCUCAUGCUGCGAGUGAUGAGAGGGCAGAGCUGAUCCGCAUGCUGAAAGAGGGCAAGAAGCACCUGCGGGAUGGGCACCCAGGGUCCGCAUUUGUGGAGUUUCAUGUGGCUCUGAGCAAGGCAAAGGAGCUGGGAGAUGCGGUUGAAGAGAAGAAAGCUGCCAGAGGACUUGGUAAUAGACCCGCCAGUCAUCGCAGCAAGCAUAAAGGCGGCCCUUUCCCUUGUUUUCCAAACGGGGGUUCGUCCGAGAUAGAGCCAGUGGCGAACAUUUACGAUGACAACGCGUCGAACGCGUCGUUCGCAAACGACCUGCGGCGCUUCUCGUAUCGCGAGCUGCAGGCGGCCACGGGGCGGUUCCGGCGCGGCAACCUGCUGGGCGAGGGCAGCUUCGGCAAGGUGUACCGCGGCUCCGUGCCGGACUGGCUCGGCGAGCUGCCACGUGGACAGAAGCGCAAAGUGGCGAUUAAAGUGCUCGAUGCUGAUAGCUUUCAGGGCUUCGGCGAGUGGAUGUCGGAGGUGCUACUGUUGGGCCGGCUGAGCCACCCCAACCUGGUGCGGCUGCUGGGCUACAGCACGGACAGGGAGGAGGCCAUCCUUGUUUAUGAGCUCCUCGAGAACGGCAGCCUCGACGCCUGGCUCUUCUCAGACGACUCCAGCAGCAGUUGUGUGCGGCGGGUGCUGACGUGGGAGGAGCGGGUGCGCAUUGCACUGGAUGCGACCAUGGGGUUGGCGCACCUGCACGCGGAGAACAUCAUUCACCGCGACUUCAAGUCCUGCAACAUCCUCCUCGACCACGGCAUGCGGGCGAAGCUGACGGACUUUGGCAUGGCGACGGUGGGGCCGGAGGCGGGGCAGACGCACAUAUCAACGCGCGUGCUGGGCACCAUGGGGUACCUCGACCCCAAGUACCUCGAGACAGGCCACCUGACGCCCAAGAGUGACAUCUACGCGCUCGGGGUGGUUUACCUGGAGCUCCUCACUGGCCGCCCGCCCUCAGGCGACGACGACCAGGACGCCAAUGGGGAGGGCGGCUUGACAGCCUGGAUUCGGCCGCACAUCUCAGUGCGCCGCCCAGAUCUAGACAUCAUCUUGGACCCGCAGUUGAAGGACCAGUUCUCCCGCGUUGCUGCCCAGAAGCUUCUGGUUCUGGCCAAGCACUGCAUCAGUGAGGACCCGGUGGCACGGCCACAGAUCCAGGACCUGGUGAAGUCCAUGCAACACAUCGUUGCCAUCGGGCACUCUCGAUCCGACUCCAGUGGGUCGACCAUGUCAGGUCACAGCAGAUCAGCUUCCCUUGUCUCCGCCACAUCCGGGGGACACAGCAGAUCCGCUUCUGCUUCUUCAGCUUCCGCUAAUGAGACCGCGGUGAGCAGCGUUGCAGACAGGAAUGGUGGUAGAGACGCUAGUGGCCGGCGGAGUGGGGAAGGGCGGAACUCCUGGCGCUCGUUGUCAUGCAGAGAUGCCGGGGGAGGAAGUGACAGAGGCGCAGAGACUGGGAUUGAUGACGGGUCAUAUCCCUACUACCGCCGUUGCUCGCGGCACUCCGUCGCUGCCGACCGUGGCUCCGCCAUGACCCACGCAGAUCUUGUUGCGCGCCAAGCGGCGAUCGCUGACGCAAGGGAUGAUGCGGAUCAGGCGGCGGGCGGAGCGGAGUUGGGGCAGGCAGCGGGUGAUAGGGGCGGGGAGUGGGCGGCGAUGGGGCUGGGGCUGGUGGAGGUGCAUCUGGCCGCCAACGAGAGCCCCGCGUCGCGCGAAAAGCGCAUUCGCGCGCUUUUUCAGACUUUCGACACCGAAAAUAGAGGCGCGCUGACGCGGAGGCAGAUAGAGAGGGGGUUGGCGCGCAUGGGCGUGCCGGUGGACUACAAGUUCUCCAAAGACCUCCUCGCCGCCAUCGACCAGAACGGGGACGGCGUGUGUGACUAUAACGAGUUCCAUCGCUACAUGGACAGCAAGGAGGUGCAGCUGUACCGCCUCUUCCAGCAGCUCGACACCGACUUCGAUGGCGCCAUCUCCUUGCACGAGCUCGCUGCCGCGCUGCACCAUGCUGGCAUACACCUGGCGGAGGGCGAGUUACAGGCGUUCAUGGAGAAGAUGGAUCGCAACCACGAUGGCGUGCUGUCCUUCAACGAGUCCGUGCCUCUGUGCGUCUGUCCUCCGUGCGCCUGCUGCUGCCACCACCCUGCCGCCACCCUGCCUUUCCCCGUGCUUUCCCCGUGCUUUCCCCGUGCCCUCGCCGAACUCUCACCUCGUGGCCAUGCACCUGCCGCUUCUGCCAAUGCCCUCCCUGCCGCUUCUGCCAAUGCCCUCCCUGCCGCUUCUGCCAAUGCCCUCCCUGCCGCUUCUGCCAAUGCCCUCCCUGCCGCUUCUGCCAAUGCCCUCCCUGCCGCUUCUGCCAAUGCCCUCCCUGCCGCUUCUGCCAAUGCCCUCCCUGCCGCUUCUGCCAAUGCCCUCCCUGCCGCUUCUGCCAAUGCCCUCCCUGCCGCUUCUGCCAAUGCCCUCCCUGCCGCUUCUGCCAAUGCCCUCCCUGCCGCUUCUGCCAAUGCCCUCCCUGCCGCUUCUGCCAAUGCCCUCCCUGCCGCUUCUGCCAAUGCCCUCCCUGCCGCUUCUGCCAAUGCCCUCCCUGCCGCUUCUGCCAAUGCCCUCCCUGCCGCUUCUGCCAAUGCCCUCCCUGCCGCUUCUGCCAAUGCCCUCCCUGCCGCUUCUGCCAAUGCCCUCCCUGCCGCUUCUGCCAAUGCCCUCCCUGCCGCUUCUGCCAAUGCCCUCCCUGCCGCUUCUGCCAAUGCCCUCCCUGCCGCUUCUGCCAAUGCCCUCCCUGCCGCUUCUGCCAAUGCCCUCCCUGCCGCUUCUGCCAAUGCCCUCCCUGCCGCUUCUGCCAAUGCCCUCCCUGCCGCUUCUGCCAAUGCCCUCCCUGCCGCUUCUGCCAAUGCCCUCCCUGCCGCUUCUGCCAAUGCCCUCCCUGCCGCUUCUGCCAAUGCCCUCCCUGCCGCUUCUGCCAAUGCCCUCCCUGCCGCUUCUGCCAAUGCCCUCCCUGCCGCUUCUGCCAAUGCCCUCCCCCUCUACUCUCCACUUUUCUGCGCCCCUCGCCCUUCGCGUUUUCCUCCCCAACCUCCCCCCCCACUCCUUCCCUCCCCCCCACUUUUUCUGUCACAGUACUGGGAGCGAGUGCAGCAGGUGGACAUAGGCGAGCAGCCAGUCAUCCCCUCAGGCCUCUCUGCAUCACUCUCCACCGCUCCCGACGCCUCCGCCCUGGCGUGGCGCUACUUCCUGGCGGGCGGCGUGGCGGGUGCCGUGUCGCGCACGGCCACGGCGCCUCUGGACCGCCUCAAGGUGCUGCUGCAGUGCGCCAAGGCCGGUAGUACACACGCGCACCCCGCUGCUGGCGCUGCCGCUUCUGCUGGUGCCGGUGCUGUUGCUGCUGCUAGAGCUGGUGCUGCUGGUGCUGGUGCGGUGGCGGCCGCUGCCACACGGGCUGUUGGCGCGAGUGGUGCAGCAGGGAGGGCUGUGCAUGCAGCAGCAGGGGGGGCACAGGCAGGUGGCACCCGAGGGACAGUGGCAGCAGUGUCAACAGCAACAGGGGGAGCAACGGAGGGAGCAGCAAGGGCAGCCGUGGGAGGAAGGCUGUCCAGCGCCGCUGUUCCUGAUGCUGGCACCAGUGCCGCACCACGCCUACCAACAACCUCACCACCACCACACCCACCACCACCACCGCAAUCAGCAGCAGCACCUCAGUCGCCUGUCCGAGCCUCUCACCACCCCCCACCCCCAUCCCGUGCCACUCCUCCUUCCCCUUCCGCCUCCUCCCCCGCCCCACACCACCCUCGCCCACACCAUUCGCGCUGGCAGUUCUCUCUCCUCCGCACCGCCUCCCCCUCAGCCCCGUCUUUCUCGCUCUCACCCUCUACACAAGCACCACCUCGCCUGCCGCCCGGCAUGCCGCUCUGGUGGCAGAACAUGCAGCCUGGCCGGCAGGCCACAAUCGCCGGGCGGCAGCAGGUGGUGGGCGGGCGGCUGACGCUGUGGAGGGCGGUGCAGCAGGUGUACGGGGAGGGCGGCGUGGGGGCGUUCUUCAAGGGCAACGGCAUCAACGUCGUCAAGGUGGCGCCCGAGUCAGCCAUCAAGUUCUACGCCUACGAGCUCCUCAAACGCGCCAUCUCCCCCCCUGCUGCUGCUGGGGGUGCUGGUGCUGGUGAGAAGUCGGGGGAGACGGCGGUGACGCGGCUGGUGGCGGGGGGAAUGGCGGGCGCCGUGGCACAGACCGCCGUGUACCCACUUGACCUCGUCAAAACGCGCCUGCAGACCUACCACCUCACAUACGGCCGAAACCCGCCGCCCCUCGCCGCCCUGACGGCGGAGAUCCUGCAGAGGGAGGGGGCGGGCGCCAUGUUCCGCGGGCUGCUGCCGUCCAUCCUGGGCAUGAUCCCGUUCGCUGGCAUCGACCUUGCGGCGUAUGAGACGCUGCGAGACGCCUUCACCCCAUGGAUCGAACGCCGGCCUGAGGUGGCGCCGGUGCUGCAGCUGGCGUGUGGAACGGUGUCAGCCACGGUGGCCGCCACCCUCGUCUUCCCCCUGCAGGUCAUCCGCACCCGGCUGCAAGCACACGUCAGCGCACCGCCCGCACCAAGCAGCGCAUUGGGUUUUGCAGCAGGAGCAGCAGCGCCAGCAGCAGCAUUGUCAGCCAUGGGCGUAGCACGCAGGGGGCCAACGAUGGGGGAGGUGACACGGGAGCUGUGGCAGGAGGGGGGCGUGCAUGCCUUCUUCCGAGGUGUGGUGCCGAACCUGCUCAAGGUGGUGCCUGCUGCCAGCAUCACGUACGUCACGUAUGAGCACAUGAAGAAAGUGCUCGCACUUAAUUAG